AUGACUUCCAGCUCUCCAAAUCGUACUUUCUUGUAUAUAGCCGCAUGUGCAGCUAAUAUUGCUGCUUUCGUUUGCGGAACUGGUUUUGGAUGGACUUCACCAGAAAUUCCCAAACUGAAAAAUAUAACUACAAGUCCGUUGGAGCAUGAAAUAACAUCUUCUCAGAUAGGUUGGAUUGGUUCGUUUUUACCACUAGCAGCAGCCAUUGGACCGAUCGGAGGAGGGGUUUUAGCUGAUAAAAUUGGAAGGAAGAAAACAUUAUUAUUUGGAACGUUGCCAUUUAUAGUAACAUAUAUUUUAAAUAUAUUUGCUAAAUCCGUGUUCAUCUUUUAUAUCGGACGGUUCCUUUCUGGUAUUGGAGUGGGUAUAAUAUUUACUGUAUUGCCCAUGUAUAUUGGAGAAAUAUCAGAUGAUGAUGUGAGAGGAUCCCUUGGAUCAUUUAUGCAAUUUUUUAUUGUGAUAGGACUACUAUUUUCAUAUGCCAUUGGACCCUUCGUAAGCAUUGCAACAUUUAACAUUAUAUUGGUAAUUCCUCCUGUUCUCUUUAUGAUAAUAUUUUUGUUAUUGAUACCAGAUAGUCCAUACUAUCUUCUUCAAACUAAUAACACCAAAGAUGCAUUAGACGCAUUGAUCAGAUUAAGAGGAAGAGAAAUAUCCUUUGUUCAAAAAGAGAUGGAGGUUAUGAAAGUACAAGUAGAAAAAGAGCAGCGAGAUAAAGGAAGCUUUAUUGAUAUCUUCAAAUGUAAAGGGCUUCGAAAUGCAUUGUUUUUAUCUGUAGGUUUGGUAGCAUUUCAACAAUUAUCUGGAAUUAAUAUUAUCUUAUUCUUUGCUCAAGAUCUUUUCACAGACGCGGGUGUAACGUUGGCACCAGAAAUAUGUACAAUUAUUAUAGGAGUAGUUCAGAUUAUUGCAAGCGGUUGCACCCCCCUUCUCGUUGAAAAAUGGGGUAAAAGAUGUCUUUUAUUACUUUCGGGUAUAGGAAUGGCUAUAUCAGAAGGACUCCUCGCAUUCUUCUUUUACCUUAAAGAUGACAAACAAAGCGACGUUUCCAAUAUCGGUUGGAUACCUAUAGCAAGUUUGGUUGUAUACAUCAUAACCUAUUGCCUAGGCUUCGGACCCCUUCCGUGGGCAGUUAUGGGCGAGCUUUUCCCAGGAAAUAUUAAAUCUGUCGCAUCAUCGGCUACAGCUUCAAUGUGUUGGAUCUUAGGGUUCUUUAUUACAAACUACUUUGGAUUGUUAACACAACUAAUAGGUAAAUCAGGUUCAUUUGGAUUUUUUACAGGUUGGUGUUUAAUAGCAAUUUGUUUUGUUUACAAGUUUCUUCCGGAAACUACAGGCAAAAAUGUCCACGAGAUUCAAUAUAUCUUAAGUGGAGGUAGUAGGAAGGCAUCUUAUCAAAUUUAGAUUUAAUUCUAAAAAAUUAUUAAAGCAGAGAGGUUAUUAUAUAAAGUGGGGAUGUUUUCAUUAUAUUUGUGUUAAAUUUUAUUUGUGGUUUCUUAAUAUUAUUUAUCUUUAUUAUUAAUAUAAGCACUAAUAGAUCUCUUAUAAAAUAUCUAGCCGCUCAGAGAUUUAGUUAUGUUAUGUUACUAUUGCACAAAAUGGUAAAAUAUUUAAUCUAGAACUAAAAAAGAAGUUUAUGUACUAAGAAUUUUAUUUCACGAUUAGUAGCAAUAGAGUGGUAGCAAAAGUACUGCAAAACCAAGUUAUAUCUUGUUGUAAAGGCAUUAGUUUAUAUUAUUUAUUGUUAGCAUUACGUUACAACUGUUACAUUAUUAUUUGCAGUAUAUUAGGCUGACAAAGUUAAUAUUAUAAAACACUCCUAAUAAUCUAACCUUAUAAUCUCAUCAUCAUCUUUGGCUCGACAAUCCUCUGUGGAUCUUGGCCUGCUCUAAGACUCGUCGCCAUUCUGUUCGGUUUUUGGCAACAUGUUGCCAUCUUCUGAUUUUUAAUAUUCGUAAGUCGGUUUCUACUCCAUCUAACCACCUAAUUCGCGGUCGGCCUUUGCUUUUUUUUCCUACAGGUAUUCCUGUGGUUAGCUUUUUAGCAAUGAUAUUUUCUGGCAUUCAUAUUAUGUGUCCAGCCCAUCUAAGUCGCUGUGUUUUUAAUGAACGUUAUGACAUCUGGCUCAUCAAAGAGCUGAUACAAUUCAAAAUUAUAUCUUCUGCGCCACUGCCCUUGCUCGUUUACAGCUCCAAAUAUUUUGCGGAGUAUUUUACGCUCAAAUAUUCCCAAAAGUUUCAUCUUUCUGCGUUAGAGUCCAUGUUUCUGCUCCAUAUGUGAGGACCGACCUCAGCAAUGUUUUGUAUAUAAUAAUAUUAGUUUUUCUUUGAAUGUUUCUUGAGUGGAAAUGCUUUUGGAGUCCAUAGUAUGCCCUAUUUGUAAGAUUUAUUCGUCUUUUGAUUUCUUCGCUUGUUUUAUUGGUAGCAGUCAAUAGCGACCCAAGGUAUGUGAAGUUGUCAAUACGUCCAAAGGUAUGACUUCCAAAGACUGUUUCCCGUUCCUCAUUUGCUAUCGGAUCCUUUAUAACCAACAUGUAGUUGGUUUUGUCUCGUUGAUGACUAGACCGACCUGUUUCGCCGCUGUUUCCAAUUUUUAUAAUCCUAACCUUAUAAUCUAUGUAAGCAUUAUAAGGAGAUAUAAAGCCCAUUAGAAAAUACUACAGAAAGCUAAAAAUCAAAGGUACCUCAAUGUAGAAAAUUUAUCAUCAUCAUCAACCUGUUGACGUCCAUUGGUCGGCAUAGAUCUUCUUCAGCUCUUUUCGUCUAUCUCUUACUUGCGCGGCUUGCAUCCAGUUACCGCGAACACGCUUUAGGUCGUCAGUCUCAGAUCUAGUUGGUGGGCGUAGUGCUUCUUGUCUUUGUCUUCAUUCGACAUUUUAUCUAUCGGUUGUCUUAUGUUAGUCAUUAUUUUUGUUUUGUUCAUGUUAAUCUUGAAUCCGAUUUCCAAGAAAGCGUGAUGUAAUUUUUCCAACAUUAUUACUGCACCAUCCAGACGAUCAGCUAUACGGACGAUGUCUUCAUCGGAGAAUCUCAAAUAACUGACCUUCUCUCCAUUUAUGUUGAUACCAUGCUCGUUCAGAUCUGCCUUCUUGCAAAUAUGUUCUAAAAGGGUCGUGAAUACCUUUGGAGAGACGAUGUUUCCUUGCCGUACUUCUCACUGUAUACAGAAUUUAUUUGUUUCUUUUUCAGAUAGUCUUACGCUGGCUGUGGCAUUUUGGUAGAUAUAUUUGAUUGUGUUAGUGUAGCGAUGGUCUAUUCAGCAUUCUGUCAGUGCUUUUAACAUUUUUUGCUAGCUUAUGGUAUUAAAUGCUUUCUCGUAGUCGACGAAUAUUAGUACCAAUUGUCAGAAAAGGUAUCUUCCUUCUCCUCUAUCCUUUAUCCUUCGUAAGGAUGUGGUGACGUUAUGGUAUUUGACGAAUGGUUGCUAUCCAUUAUUCUCUCUCCUGGGCGCGGUGUGCUGUCUUAGACAGAGAGUAACCGGUAGCGCACUUUAUUUGGUCUUACCAUCGGAGUAGCGAUCUUUAUCAAGUUCUUUUACCAUCUACCUUGGCUUCAACCACCAACCUCUCCAUUCGUCUGGUAAUGUGUCCAAAGUACCUCAAUAUAUUUUCGUUGAUGGUUGUGGUAAGGCUAGUAUUGAUGUCGAGUUCUCUCAAUAUUGAGACAUUUGUGCGAUGUGCUGUCCAGGGUAUGCGCAUCAUUCUACGAUAUGCCCACAUUUCAAAGGCCAUUAUACGUCGUGAGUCGGACUUUUUAAUGGUCCAAGUUUUCGACGCAUAGGUAGCGAUAGUAAAGAUAAGCGUCUGUACUAGACGCAGUUUCGUGUUCCUGGUUAUGUCCGUAUCUUAUCUAAGUUUGACCGUUGCUGAUCUGGCUAUUGUAAGGCGUCGGCGUAUAUCUUCUUCGCAUCCACCAUUGUUUGUGAUAACAGAACCUAAGUAAUUGCAACGGCUUACCAUCUGGACCAGAAGAUGUAGUCGCAGAACAUGAGAUGACUCCAAAAAUUGUUUUUAUUUGAGCCUCGGUCUGUUUCAAGAACCUUCUCCAGUCUGAUCUGUUUCGUGCUUUUUUCUAGAAUUUUUAUUUUUAAGGUUGUAAUAUAUAUUUUUUUGUUUGAUAUAUCACAACUUUGGUCUUUCUCUUUUUCUUUUUCCUACUAGCACCUAUUUGAGUAUUUUGUGUUUAUCUUGAUUUCCCCAAUUAUUUCCAUAUAAAUGUACGGAUUCUAAUAUAUUUUGUAGUUAAAAGUUACAUCUUUUUCGUCAGUUUCCAUUUUAUUUCGUGACCUUGUAUAUAUGUCGUAAAUUUUUUUUUCAAAGGUACCUAAUUCCAGGUCUCCAGGUUUCUGAACCUUGUAUGAGUACCGGUCUUAUUAAGGUUUUGUAUAUUUAGCAUUUUGUUUUUCUUGCGACGUAACCUGAUCUUAGUUGCCUAAUUAAACCAUGGUAACAUUUAUGGGUUAUGAAUUUUUCAAUCUUCACUACAUCUGCGAUGUUGUUAUCAGAUGUAACCAAGGAUCCUAAGUGCGUAAAUAUUUUUACACCCUCAGUGUUGUAUUCUUUUAUUGUUAGAUUUUUCCUCUCUACCUGGUUGUCUCCUAUUUUAUCUAGUUUUUUACAUUCCUCCUCUAACUGUCGGGUUUUGUGUCCAUGUUCCGUCAGAAAAUAUGCUUUUUUUCUGUUAGAACCUCACAUUCUCCAGUCAUUCGUUCUUGUUCUUUUUUAAUUAACCUUCCAUGUCUAGUACUUAUUCAGCUGUUUUUUUAUGAUGUUUCUGCACUCUUUUUACUCCUCAUUUAUGUAUUCAUGUUUUAGUAUGGUUUCUAGGAUGGAUUCUCUCAGUCUAUAAAAUGGGUGCUCGGACAUGGGCAACAAUUACAGAAAAGAAGAUUAGGAGCAGUACUACAAAUCGAUUAUGCGAGCACACCAGAACAAACCUUAUUUGUGUAUACUAUAACAUCAAUCCAUCAGUCCAGGACGAAGAAGAACCUCAUGGUUGAAGAACUUGCGAGAUUGGUAUGGUGUUGAUACAACCAUGCUAUUUAGAGUGGCAGUGAAUAAAAUUAAGAUAGCUAUGAUGGUAACCAACGUUCUGAAAGGACAUGGUACAUGAAGAAGAAGAAGAUAACAUCAAUGAAGUAGCAGAACAGAAUAGAUUUCGAUCAGGAAGAUCAAAACGAGAUAAAACAUUCAUAUUAUAUCAACUAAUCGAAAAAAACAGUCGAAAAAUCACCGAAAAUUCAGUCUCUGAAAUAAAUAAGUUAAACACGUCUUAAGAGGAUUUAAUGUACCUAAAGGACUCUGGCAAGAGUGCUGCCUCUCCCAAUUGCUUUUCAGUACCUAAGUAAUAAAAAAAGUAAUAAAACACUAGAAAAGAAAAUGCAAUAGUAGGCUUACAGAUAGCUUAUAGCAUUUAAUGUGCAAUAUAUUAGGCAUAUGGCCAAAUAUUAAUAGCCUAUGAUGGAGAAGAGUAAAAAUGGAAGCUAGAAAUGAGAAUAACUAAAUAAACGUGGAUUUUAUGGAUUGCAGUGAUUUUUUUCUUACUACAUAGUAAGAAAAUUAAAUUGUUCCUUCUUUUUAAUUUAUUUGCAUAAACUUUUUAACAUCAUUAUUAUUUUAAACGGGACGAUACCCUCUCUGCACAAAUUACAUCAAUAAUGUAGUAAACAAAUGAUAUUAUUAAAUGAAUUAUUUUAUUCUUUAUCAAUUAAGAAAAUAUACCAUUGUUUAUACUCAAGAGUAUGAACUCCAAAGACUGAUUUACCUCGUUAGUAUGUUUUAAUACUGAAUAUGUAAAAUCUCAUAAUUUAAUAAAUAUAUUUUGUUAAUUAAAA